AUGAAGAGGGAUUCGGAAGAGGGAGAAGAAGGAGGAGGGGAAGAUCACGGGACGUUGCGGGGGGAAGUGGAAGACUUUGAGGCAGGAUUCGUGCUUGUGGACUAG